AUGUGGAGGGACGAGAGCAGCUCGGAGGUGUAUGAUUUUAGGCGUCUAGCCGGCUUUCCGUUAGCAUCUUCGCUCUGUGAGCGUCGAGCUGGGGGGAUGUUUUGGCGGCUGCGCGUAGAAUCUACACAAAAUACUACGAUGGGCCGUGACUGUCCGGUGGUCGCGGCGCUAGGGGUAUGGGGGCCAUAAAACAGGAAUUGAAGUAUCGGACGCUUCCCUGUUUGCCCUCUAGAGGAUUCGAAGAGGCGGCGGUUAUGCCGCAUCUACGAAGAAGGGACAACUUGAACGUGUU